UGUCGCACGGCGUCGGGCUCUGCUUUUCAGUUGUCUUGUUUAGUCUACAAAAGCUCUAUACGCGCCUAGAACAUUUCGUUUUUUUAUUCGUUAAAACGCAACUUUAUUAUAGAAUAGUCUCGUUCAGGAAUACUAAACGGAGGGUGGUUUCUCAAGGAGAAAAGGAAAUGCAUCCGCUUUUUGUUUAAUUAAUCCUUUGAUGUAAGGAAAUGGGUAUUUUAUUCUCAAUAACGCCCAAGAAAAGUAAAAUUAGUGUAAACUCGUUUGCCUUAAAAGGGCUUGUCUGGCUGACGUGUGUUGUGUUGUGAUGUUGUCUGUAGCUGUCUGAUGGAAGGGGUUUUAAUGCUUGUCUGCCGAGUCGGUUACAGAAGAGGAGGCGGUGAGAGAGUGUUGUGCAGAGUCAAUGAAUGGAGUAAGCAAAUCUUCGGAAACUUCAUUCUUGAUAAGAGCCUGCAGCCUGUGAGGUGCCGCGGAACAGCCUACUGCAGUUCACCUCUGCUAGGAAUCUUAUUUAAUUUCUUGGAUUAAUAUAGACGACACCUGGUGCCGUAGCUAUGGUUUUCUUUUCUCCUUGGGUGUUAUUCUGUUUGGCUUCCUAUUUUUGUCCUGUUUUAAUCGGAGUUGCUGCUUUUAAUCUGGAUGUUGAAAAACCGACCGUUUACAGUGGUCCUGAAGGUAGUUAUUUCGGAUAUUCGGUGGACUUCCACCGACCUGCCUCGGACAAAAACACAAUGAGUGUCUUGGUUGGGGCUCCAAAAGCCAACACGUCCCAGCCAGGAAUAGUGGAAGGAGGAGCCGUGUAUUACUGUCCCUGGCCGCCUGCGGAGUCCGCUCCGUGCGCGCAGGUCCCCUUUGAUACCACCAAUAACAGAAUGAUCAGAGUGAAUGGCACCAGGCAACCAGUGGAGUACAAAUCCAAUCAGUGGUUUGGAGCUACAGUCAGAACUCAUAGAGGAAAAGUAGUGGCCUGCGCUCCACUGUACCACUGGAGGACUCUGAAACUGGCUCGUGAGAAGGACCCAGUGGGAACAUGCUAUGUUGCUGUCCAGAACUUCAGUGCUUUUGCUGAGUAUUCCCCAUGCCGUACGAGAGACCCAGACCCAGAGGGACAGGGAUUCUGCCAGGCUGGCUUCAGUGUAGAUUUCACAAAGGAAGGAGAUCUUGUGGUUGGAGGACCAGGAAGUUUUUACUGGCAAGGGCAGGUAAUAACCACAGGUGUUGCCGAGAUCCUCAAUGGUUAUUCGUUCAAAACCCUCCUGAGGGAAGUCAAAGGGGAAAAGCAAACGGGUGCUGCCCCAGACACCUAUGAUGACAGCUACCUUGGCUAUUCAGUGGCAGUGGGAGAAUUCACAGGAGAUUCGGAGCAAGAACUCAUUGCUGGGGUUCCAAGAGGGGCACAUAACUUUGGAUAUGUUGCUGUGAUCAAUUCAACUGAUUUAACCUUCAUUCAGAACUUCACUGGAGAACAGAUGGCUUCAUAUUUUGGCUACACAGUAGCUGUGUCAGAUCUGAAUGGAGAUGGGCUAGACGAUGUACUAGUUGGUGCUCCCCUCUACAUGGAUCGUGAGUUUGAGAGCAAGCCCAAAGAAGUGGGUCGAGUCUACAUCUACCUGCAGGAAGACGCCUUGUUGUUCAAGGACGCCAUCAUACUUUCAGGGACAGAUGUAUUCGGACGCUUUGGAAGCUCGAUUGCUUCGCUUGGGGAUCUGAACCAGGAUGGAUAUCAUGAUAUUGCAGUAGGAGCCCCAUUCGCAGGUGAGGAGAGAAGAGGCAGGGUUUUGAUCUACAAUGGGCAGGGUGAUGGGUUAAAGCGGCAGCCUUCGCAAGUUCUGGAAGGAGCCUGGGCGUCUGAGUUGGUGCCAGCAGGAUUCGGCUUUGCUCUGAGGGGAGACUCAGACCUGGACAAGAACGAAUAUCCAGAUUUGAUUGUUGGAGCCUUUGGCGUUGGCAAGGUUGUGGUAUACAGAGCUCGCCCCGUAGUGACAGUGGAGGCUCAGCUCUAUCUUAACCCCAUGAUCUUAAACCCAGAGAACAAAACUUGCCGGCUGCAAGACACGGACACCAUGGUGACCUGUCUCACUGUGAAGGCCUGUGCAGGAGUAUCGGGCAAUGGCAUUCCUGAUACAGUAGCCUUAAACACGGAACUGCAGCUUGACUGGUUGAAACAGAAAGGAGCUAUUAAAAGAGUUCUGUUCCUUGACACCCACCAACAUCAACACAGGCUCACUUUCAUCUUAAAGAGGAGGACACCCACCAAAUGCCAGAACUUUCUCGUGUAUCUCAAAGAUGAGACAGAGUUUCGGGAUAAAUUGACUCCUAUCAGCAUUGGCUUAAAUUACAGUCUGGAUGAGUCGACUCCACUUCCGGGUUUGAGUCUGAAGCCAAUACUGAACUAUUAUGGAAAGUCAUUCUUACAGGAGCAGGCCUACAUUCUGCUGGACUGUGGAGAAGACAAUAUGUGUAUUCCUGAUCUCAAGCUUGCUGCCAGAAUGGACAGAGAAGAGUUGACAAUUGGUGAUGACAACCUCCUCACGUUGAUCAUCAAUGCACAGAACCAAGGAGAGGGGGCCUAUGAGGCUGAGCUUUACGUCCUGAUUCCCCCACAAGCCGAUUAUAUUGGAGUGGAGCGCAGAAAUGAGGCUUUGCGGAGGCUGAACUGCGAGUACCGGAUGGAGAAUGUCACCAGAAUGGUGGUGUGUGAUCUCGGGAACCCCAUGUUGGCUGAAACCAAUAUAUCUGUUGGGCUGCGCUUCUCUGUCCAGCGCCUGGAAGAGGUGGGCUCUGACAUUAGGUUUGACCUACAGAUCAAAAGUUCUAACAAGGACAACUCAAACAGCAAUCCAGUCAGUCUUACAAUAAACAUCACUUCAAAGGCAGAUGUUGAUAUACGUGGGGUGUCUCAUCCGGCUCAGAUCAUCCUGCCUUUCCCCAACUGGGAACCCAAAGAGAAGCCAACAAAAGAGGAAGACAUUGGGCCCCAGGUCCAGCACAUCUAUGAGCUCCAUAACAAAGGCCCCAGUAGCAUCAGCAACACUCUCCUGGAGGUGGGCUGGCCAAAUCGCUUCAAAGAAGAAUAUCUCCUGUAUGUCUUUGAGAUUCACACAGACGGACCGAUAAAAUGUCGAACAAACUCAACGUUAAAUCCGCUGGAUCUGGAGGUGUCUGCUCGCGAGGAUACUCCCGAGCUACUGGGAUUCCUGCGGAACUCCACAACACCACACGAGCGCCGCAAGCGGGACAUCAGGGGGUCUGAACCUCAGAACAGCAAAACUUUGAACUGCGACAACAUAAAUUGCUUAAUGAUAGCAUGUCACAUUGAACGACUAGAGAAAGGCCAGAGUGCUGUGGUCAAAGUCAGAUCUCGUCUGUGGGCUCAGACGUUCUUACAGAGAAAGAAUUACCCCUAUUCUGUGAAUUCCACUGUUUCUUACAAAGUGAUGGACAUGCCUUAUCGCAUCAAACCAGCUAGACUCCCGCAGGAGUCUAAGUCAAUAGGUACCCUUGUGAUUUGGGCCACCCCAGAUGUCUCAUUUGCAAUUCCCUUGUGGGUAAUUAUACUGGCCAUACUGCUGGGACUGCUGGUUCUGGCUAUUUUGACCCUAGUCAUGUGGAAGUGUGGCUUCUUUGACAGGGCACGUCCUCCAAAAGAUGAUGUGUCAGACCGAGAGCAGCUUACAUCUGAGAAAUCUACAGAGGCGUGAUGGAAAGACUGCAAAGCUGAACUGCUGUAUUUGGGAUAAUGAGGAGGAUUUACCCAAAACUGUUCCUUCCAGUCUUCUCUGUGACGUCUUAUUAAAGAACUACAAUCUGUGAGAUGAACUACCAGCCAGGUGCCUUCCUUUUCAAGUGCCACGAGACUGGAAACUAUGCAGCACAGUUUUGAGCACGGAGCAUUGCAGGACCAUUGCUACACUGACCAAGCUGGGGACGCCCAGUCUCUCUCAGAUCUGACCUGAUGCACACCAGGAAACUUUCUGAAGAUCCCAUGGAGUGUGCCUUGACAGAAACAUCCUAAAACCUUGUGCACAUAUUUUAAUAUUCUUUCAAGAUGUGUACAGUCUUUUGCAACAUUUUUUAUUAUUUCAUGUUGCAUGGAACAUGACUUGAGACAUCCUGAAGAAUGAUGCAAGAAUGUUAUACAGUCCUAUAGAGAUGAGCAAUCUCUUACUGUACAACGUCUGUUCUGCAAACAGGAGGAUCUGCCACCUGUAGACAGCAGUAGACAUUUUCGAACCAUUUGAACCUCCAGGAAAGCUUGGCAAUAUACAGUUUUUUUUUUCAGUUUUCUUAUAAUUAAGUUGUCUUCUCAACACCUGUUUAAAAGAAAUCCAUACACAGAAGCUGCAGAUUGAUUUGGAGCUUUACAGAGAACUAUAUGGACAGUUUACAAGUUAAGUGCAUAAACCCUGUUAAGAAAUUGUCAUUUUAUAUGUCAUUUGAUUUUUGGUCAUUUCACUAGAAUGCCAGCAGUGUGCUGUUGAUUCCUAUACAAUAUCAAACAGAAGCAAUACCUCAGAAGAUGUCGUAAGAUUUUGUUUGUCCAAACAAUAUCUUGUGGUACAGUAAAUGAAAAACUAAAGACUUUAAAGGGUGUUUUUUCAAGCUAUCUCGAAAACAAACAUUCAUCAAAAAAUUGAAGAAAAAAGGACAAGACAAAUGUAAAAAGUAAGCAUUAUAGAUUAUUAUAGAGAGCUAGAGUUUUUUAAUGACUAUUCUGCUAAAGCACACGGAGGACUAAUGCAGGAGAGUGUUAGUAACCUACACACUAUUGUUUUUUUUUUGUAAAAUGAUGGAAUUAAAAGGGAUUGUUUAGUGUUAGACUAAGGAUUAGAACCUUGUAUCUGAACCCCUACAUUCCUUCAUUUCCUAAUGGAAAACUUAGUAGAAUCUCUCUUAAGUUUGUGAAAUCGUUUUUUAAUGUUGCUAUGCUAGCUAAAAACAAGUCAAUGUGUUUUUCAGAUUUAACUGACCAUAGUGAGGUGCCUUUCCAGCCCUGAUUUUUUCUGAUGCUUACUUACUGAUCCUGGCUAUUGGGAGAAUAAAAUUAAAAGCUUUAAGUAAGGUGUGUGCUUCACUGCCAGCAACUAGUCUACAGAUUCAAGGAAAUGGUUUUAUUUUCUUAAAAGAGUACAAAACAUGAAAAAGUGGCAGACUAGGUCCAUUUCUUUGGACUUUAUGUGGAAUACUCAACGUCCCCUGGCUUCAAAGCGAAAUAAUAAUUGCUUGCAUUCGACCAGCUCUUUUCAUUCCGAAGGAUCCCAAAGUGAUUGACAUACUGUACUCUCGGGGGUCUGCUUCAUCCACCACUGAUGUGCAGACCCCACCUGGGCGACAUGCCGCCGGUAUCCGGCACCAGCAGCAGAUCAGGCAGAGAAGUCCGGAAUUCCGGAAUAAAAUCUGAUUUAAGGGAGAAAUUAAAGAAAGACCAGAUUGUGCAGCCCGGUGUGUUUUCGGAGGCUGCUGCUGACAUUCAUGAGAGAAUUGGUCCUGGGAUAAAGGAGUCCCAUAGCUAAGGUACUGCACUGUAUAUAACACAAUUGUAGCACCCAGUUAAACCUGAGUGUAGCAGGGACCAAAACACACUGAUUCUGCUAUACCUGUUUAAAUACAGAAUAAACUGGGUUUUGGGUUUAUAAAGUUAUUUGCUUGUUUUUGUGAUUCCUACUGAUAUCCACCAGAUGGCAAACUUGAGAUGAAAGUCCAUUUACAGGUCAGAAUAAAUAUUAAGACACAUUAUAUUUCUUUUUUUUUUACAGAACUAA